UAUAUGUUAUUGUGUUGUAAUCAGAGGCAACUGCAGAAAGAUCGGAUAUGAGAAAGACAGAGAAAAAAAUAUCUGGUUUCCUCUGAAAAUACACUACCAACGGCAAAACAAAAGAACUGUGUGGUGUUUUGUCCAGCAGAGAUAAUUUUUGUCUUGUGGAAAAUGGAGAACCAAACCGAACAUGAUCCAGAAGCAACCACUGUGCUUUAUUUAAAUGAAAGUAGACAAAAUGUUUCAACUGCAGGAGAAAGCUUGUGCAAUAGCCUUAAGUGCUACAUGGUCCUGACUCAACAAGAGAAGAAAGCUAUUGGCUCAAUCUGCUUCCUUGCUGGCCCUGUGACUUUCCUGGAGAACAUUCUAGUGCUAGGGGUCAUAGCGAGCUCUGCCACCCUGCGCAGUCGCCCAUCAUACCUGUUCAUCAGCAGCCUGGCACUGGCAGACACCUUUGCCAGCUGUUUCUUCACCAUCAGUUUUCUAGACUUCCAUCUUUAUAGUAAUAAUGAUAGCCCUAAUACAUAUCUCUUCAAGCUGGGUGGUGUCACAAUGGCGUUCACAGGCUCUGUGGGAAGCCUGCUGCUGACAGCGCUAGACCGCUAUCUCUGCAUCUACCAGGCUUCCAAUUACAAGGUGCUACUAACACGCACUAGAGCCAAGCUGGCUAUAAUUUUAUUAUGGUGUAUAACAAUUUUCAUCUCCUUUCUCCCUCUGAUGGGUUGGAGGUGCACAACUUGGUUGGAUCGCCCUUGCUCCCGUCUUUUCCCCUAUGUGGAUCAUCACUACCAGGUCUGCUGGUCAGGCCUGCAACUCGUGGUGCUCUCCCUCAUCAUUUUGGCCUAUGCCCUCAUUCUGUGGAAGGCACAUCGGCAUGAAGCAGUAAUGGGUGGACCGCAGCUGGGGAGGCUGAGUCUUCGAGGACAAGCUCGAAUGCGCAUGGACAUCCAGCUUGCACGCACCUUCAGUUUGAUCCUCCUGAUCCUUGCAGUGUGCUGGCUGCCCGUCCUUUCCUUCAUGAUAAUAGAUGUCUCAGUGAUCCUUACAAAUGAACAACAGCGAAUGUUUGCUUUCUGUAGUACACUCUGCCUGGUGAACUCAUGUGUGAACCCGCUUCUGUACGCCCUGCGUUGCCGAGAGCUGAGGGGAGAACUUUUAACAUUGCUGGGAUGUUUCAAAGCAUUGAGGGAAUGUAAUUUGGGAAAUACUAAUGUUAUUCAGCAAGAUAAAAAUGGUUGUGAGUUUACAAGAAAUAAUAAGGAUCAUACGCUCAGUGAGAGUAAUCAAGAAACUAUUUCUGAGAGUAUAGACAUGUAGCAAAACAGCGUAUAAAUAUCAUAAAGUGAAGUGUUUUGUUAAUCAUUUUCAUAUUAAUAAUUUGUCAACUCUUUUAUUCAUCUUUGCUGAGGAUGCAGGAAAGCCCAAAAAAUGUAGGUCUUCAGGAUAAUGUUAUCAUGCAUAGUGUGAUAUCAUGACUAUGUUGUUAACGAUAAUGCUUUGCUUCUGAUGGUAAGCUUCCACAUUGCAGUUCUGUUGUUUUGCUGUAAUAAUUUGUAGGACAUCAAAUAAUAAUGGCAUUCUAAUAAGAACAAAAACAUAAGCAACUCAACACAAGCUGCUUAACAGGUUUAUAAGUUUAUGAGUCCACAAUGUUUUCCAUUACCUAAUUUGCAGAAAAUUUCUACAAUGAUAAAUCAAUCAACUCAAUUUUAUGAAGGCUUUCCAUCCAAGGGCUUUGCUCAAGGUUCAUCUAUAUUUAUAUAUAAAGAACCAGCCAGAAGAGUUGGGUCCAGUGAGAAUUAACUUCGGGAAGAGAGGUUCUUUUGCAUCACUUUAAAUGUCAGAAGAAGGUUAUACUCAUCUCCUACAGGACGUUGUUCUAAAUUAAGCUGUGUAAAUUGAGUUAAAUAUUUAUGCACUCACCCAGUCAUAACACCAUAAUGUAAAGAAUUAUGAAAGCUGCUCACUGGGCCCUGGCAAUAGUCACAACACAAAGCUGAUAUAGACUAAUGGGGCAAGUUCUUUAGCUAGAUGUACCUGAAAGCCAUACAGUGUGCUUAACAAUCUGUAAAAUAUUUCUGUAAUGUUUAAUGUGUGUGUUCAUGUAUAUCUUGUCUUUUAUUUUGUAUUCUAGUUCCUGUUUCAUGUCAUGUGUUCCCUAGUCAUGUGAUGUCCUGUUUUCCCUCCAUGUUCAUGUGUCUUUUUUUCCUUGGUUCAUUGUUUGAUUAACUUGUUUAGAGUUCUGUUUGUUCAUUGGUCAUCUUUGUCAUGUGUUCCCCCAUGUCUAGUAUUUAAGCCCUCAUGUUUUCCAUUGUCCGUUGUUAGGUAUUAUGUGUUUGGUACAUUGUUCAUGUCAUGUUGUUUCAUGCUAUGCCAAGUUUAUGUUAAGUCAGGUUCAUGUUUAUGUUAGGUUUAUGUUUCACGUUUAUAAAUAAAAUUGCACUUGAGUUCUUUA